GUGGAGAACUGGACGUGCGCGUACUGCGCGAGCUCGAAGACGACGCUGGCGGACGUCGGCGUGUUUGAACACGAACGCAAGCGCGUCAGGGCGUACGCGGGGUACGAUGGGACGCUGAAGAGAGGCGUGGUCGCGUUUCGAGGGACCGAACCGAGCUCGUUGUAUAAUUGGGUGGAGAAUUUGGACGCGGCGCACUCGACGCUGCCGACGGCGAAGGCGAAGGACGGCGUCGGGAGAGUGCACAGCGGAUUUCAAGACGCGUACGAGAGCGUGCGGAAGGGGUUGAUAUCGCACAUGAUCAAGCUGAGGACGAAUUACGAUGGGAUGUGGCGACAUUUUGAGGUGGAGAUCACGGGACAUUCGCUGGGGGGGGCGCUGAGCACGCUUUUGGCGGUGGAGCUCGAGGCGCUCGGAUUUCGAAUCGCGCGCGUGACGACGUUCGGGUCGCCGCGCGUGGGAGAUUGGCGCUUUGCCGAUUAUUACGACGAAAAGCUCGGUGAUCGAACGCAUCGAUUCACGCACGCGCACGAUGCGGUACCGAGCCUACCGCCCAGGUUGCUCGGGUACCAUCACGUCGCCACGGAGGUGUUUCAAAACGCCGAGGGCGAGUACGUCGUCGGCGACGGUAGCGGCGAAGAUCCGAACGGUAGCGAUUCCGAGUGGACGCACGCUUCGCUCUCCGAUCACCUCACGUACCUCGGU